AUGACAGAGCCUCCAGCAAAACGACCCCGUCGCGUAGACAGCACUACAAUGUGGGAUAUGAAUGACUCUCAGACCCACCCCACAGACUCAGGCGCAGAGGUGGACCACAGGCGCUCACCUCAACCCCGAGGUUCGCGUGAAGAUCGCCGAUACCGAUCGCGCUCGCGAGACCGGAAGAACACAAGGCGAGAACGGAGCUGGUCUCGAGAUCGCCGCGAUCACGAUAGAAGGGAUAUUCGAGAUCGGGACGGUCGAGGGCCCAGGGAUGGAAAGAGAAGCAACAGCCGAGACCGUGGCCAAGAUCGACGAGCUCCCACAUCUAAAUACGAUAAGUUCCGCGACCGUUCUCGCUCACGAUCGCCCGCUGGAAACGGUAACCAAACCCGAUCACCUCAGCCUCGAGGAAAUAAAGAUGACCGUCGAUCUGGUCGGCGAGAGCCUCGUUUCCAAGCAGAUGGGCGGAAGGCCAAUGGUGCGUUCAUCAAAGGCGAUGAGAUGGAUGUCGACUUCAAGGAAGAUGCGGACGAAGAUGAAAUGGAAGCGAUGAUGCGAAAGGCUAUGGGAUUUAGCCGGUUCCGAAGCACCAAAAACACCAAAGUGCCUGGAAACGAUAUCUACGGUGUGCGCAAGGAGAAGAAGACGGAGUACCGCCAGUACAUGAACCGGACGGGUGGUUUCAACCGUCCUCUCAGUCCGUCACGGUAA